AUGUCGAUUAUAUCGAAACGUUAUCUGAGGUAUCUGCCCUAUAUACUACUAUUCGUUUUCAUUGAAAAAUCUAUACUAUUUGUACCCUGGCGCCAAUCGAAUUUCCCCUUCCACAAAAGGGUCGAUCACAUAAGGACACAUUCGAAUGUGAGAGAAUGGCUAAGAUCUAAUAGUUUGGAGCACAUCGAUGAGUACGAUCAUGUAGCAGUCAACGUUGGUAUUGUCCAAUGUUUCCAUCUAGGAGACUGGUGGUCACGCUGUAGCGUUAGAAACGAAUUAAGGAAGGAUGCUAUUAGUUCACGAAGAAAAGUCAUAUGGAAAGAUCUAUUGGGACCCACGAGGUUUAAAUGGGUUGGGUUCUCGGAUUACUUGUUCUACGAUACUCUAAGCGUUUACGAUCUUAGUCAGUUGGAGGAAGAAGAUAAGGGUAAGCAGGUCUUAUUGAUAUCGAUAUCCGGAGAGCCCGUCGAGGGAGAAGGGAAUUCAGAAAUAGUUGAUACAUUCUAUGUUAAUUAUGUGCCCUUGCAAAUAGAAAAUUUGGUGAAUGGCAGGCCAGUCAUCAGCGACAUUAGCGUUUUAUUUGGUGAAGAUUGCGUGGACCCUAGAAAGAAUUGGGAAUUAGAUAGAUCAUGGGUUUUCAAAAUGGGAGAAUUCCCCAGUUUUAUCACCACUCGGAGACUCAGCACGAAAUAUUUAGAAGAUUGGAGACCACGUUUAACCGUUGGGGAAGAUGGUGCUUACAAAAUUGUUCAAUUAGCAGAUUUGCAUUUUGGUGUCGGAAAGGGUGAAUGUCUCGAUGAGUUUCCUGCUCAUGACCACUGUGAAGCUGAUCCUAAGACCACUAAAUUUGUGGAAGAGGUGUUGGACAUAGAACAACCAGACAUGGUUAUAUUUACGGGUGAUCAAAUCAUGGGUAGUAGGUCUAAACAGGAUUCAGAAACGGCAUUGCUUAAGACUUUAGCACCUGUCAUAUCUAAGGGUAUUCCCUGGGCAAUGGUGUGGGGGAAUCAUGACGAUGAAGGAACUUUGAAUCGUUGGGAGUUAUCGAAAUUUGUAAAUGACUUACCCCUAUCAUUAUUUAUGGUUGGUCCUAAAGAUACAGCGGAUAAUACAUUUGGUGUCGGUAAUUAUUUCCAUCAGGUUAUGGAUUUUGAAAAUAGACAGCCGGUAUUAACUUUUUAUUUCUUAGAUUCUCACAAAUACUCUACUACUGGUAAAAUUUUCCCAGGUUACGAUUGGAUUAAAGAAGACCAAUGGGAUUAUUUUAAAAGAAUAUAUGAUGAAAAAUUGUAUCAACAUAUUAGGAAUACUCAAAAACCACAUUUAUCUAUGGCGUUUUUCCAUAUCCCCACACCUGAAUAUUUGCACGAGGCUUCGAGGGAAAGACCUGGUGAAUCUAAUCCCAUCAUUGGAAACCCCAUGGAAGGUGUUACGGCGCCUCGAUACGAUUCAAAAGCUGCGGCCGCCUUAGCACACAUGAAUGUACAAGCUGCAUCCUGCGGUCAUGAUCACUCUAAUGAUUACUGUUUAUUGGACGAUAGUAGUCCUCAAAAGAUCUGGUUCUGUUAUGGUGGUGCCGUUGGUGAAGGCGGUUACGGCGAUCACAAUGACGGGUACGAGCGUCGUGUAAGAAUCUAUCAUUUCGAAACUAAAGACGGGAAUAUUUACACUUGGAAAAGGUUGAAUAGUUCCCCUAUAAAUUAUUUUGAUUACCAGCUCAUUGCGUCCGGCGGUGUUUCAAAAACUGGAUAA